UCCUGUCUCAGAGAAGAUUGCCCAGGCUUUAAGUUAGACUUUAUGGCUGAACCAUCCUUGAUGCAAUAAUACUCAGAGUUGCUAAUAAAUAGAAAUAAAAGCUUUAAGUGCUAUAAUUUAUCCUAUUCUUUCAGUCCUCGAGUUUCGAAAUUGUCUUAAAGGUAGUGUCAAAGACGAUGCUCACUUGGUACCAAAGAUUCUAAAAUAAAUGAAAACUAGUGCCUCGUCUUUAGGUUUCCUGCAGGAAGUGCGAGUAUUACUACUGGAAUGAAGGCAUCUUCCGUUAUUACUCAUUUUUGCAAAUAUUGUAUCUUUCAGGUGUAUUUUAAGCUAGUGCAGAGAAUCUUUAUUAUGAAUAACUCUUCAGCAGAAUUCUGACAGACUUAUUUUCUUCAAAAUAAGACUCAAUGGAAGUACCUUAUGUCCCUUAGGUUUGGUUUUGAAUAUUGUGAGAACAUCCUGAUAAAUUCUCUCAUUCUUAUAAACAUUUACCUUAACAAAUCUCCUCUAAGUCGACAGUUUAGAGAAAUCAAUACUGGCUAA